AUGCGCCAGCAGAAGGUGUCUGUGGACGUGGUGCGCAUGGUGACUUCUUCGGCGGGCUACCUGCUGGUGGCGGCGGCGGCCUGGCUGCUGGUGAAGCUGGUGUGCGCCUGCUUCUGGCUGCCGGGCGAACUGCGCAGGGAGGGGGCGACGGCGGCGGCGUCACAGCGGGAGGCCCGUCACCUGCGGCCGAGCACGAAGAGGCAGAGCCGUCAAAGCCGGAGUUGCGACGUCGAGGAGCCAGGCGGGUUGAGGCGGAGGCCGAGGCGUUGGCGAAAGCGGAGGAGGAAGCGCCGCAGGGGGGCGACCUCUAGGCCCCCCACCGCGCCCCCCACACACAGGAAGGCGAAGCUGCUGUGCCGGCGGGUGUGCAGCUACCUGCCGCGGAGCUCCGCCGCCGUCUGGUGAGUUGCAGCACCUACGCUACACUACUGUACACUUCACUACACUAGGCGAGCCG